AUGCAACCCACCAACACAUCACCAUCACCACGGCAAAACCCAGGUAAACGUACGGUGCUCAUAACAGGCUGCUCGACACACGGCCUGGGCUAUGCGCUCGCGCUCGCAUUCCACGCAACAGGCGAGUUCCGGGUCUUCGCGACCGCGCGAGACACGUCGCGCAUGGCUGGACUCAAGGAGAGGAGCGGCGGCGAGAUCGAGACGCUGCAGCUCGACGUGCUAGACCAGCCGAGUAUCGAGCGGUGUGUCGCUGAGGUCCAGGCGUUGAUUGAGCAGGGUGAGAGUGGUGGCGUCAACAGAAAGGGCUUGGCGUGCUUGGUUAAUAAUGCUGGUGGUGGUUACAACAUGCCUGUCUCAGACAUCUCCAUACCCGAGGCGAAAGCCUUGUUCGACCUCAACGUGUGGUCCUACAUCAGCGUCACACAAGCAUUCCUCCCGUUACUCAUAUCUGCCGCCGGGGCUGCUGGUCCCGCCGUCACCAAAACCAACAGCCUGAUCCUGAACAACACCUCCGUCAGCAGUGUGGAACCCACACCGCACAACUCAGUCUACCACGCGUCGAAAGCUGCCGCCGCGAUGUUCAGCACGCACAUGCGCAUCGAGCUGCAGCCGUUCCACAUCCGCGUCGUCGACCUGAAGACCGGAUGCGUGCACUCGCACUUCCAUGCGAACCACCAGGGUGGGAUUGCGAGUUUGCCCUCCGGAAACGCCGACGGAACCGGGACCGGAACCAGUCUCUACAUGCCCGUGAGGGAGGAGACGGAAAACGCGAUGCGCAAUGCGUUUCCGCACCGCGAGGAUCCGGACGUUUGGGCUGAGAGCGUGGUUCGGGAUGUCACGCGGAGUUGGAACGAGCCGCCACUGGAGAUCUGGAGGGGCACCGGCUCGUGGAGGACGUGGUUUGCCAAUACGUUUUUCCCCGUGGGCUGGUGGGAUGAGAGUUGGCGGAGGGCCGUGGGUUUGGAUUUACUGAGCGCGAGGUUGGUGGGAAUGGGGAAGGGGGGAAGGGGGUAG